UCGCGGCGCUCUAAUGUCUUUGCUAUCAGGGUGACUCCCCGCAGGGAUUCCACGCUUUUAGAAGAUUGUUAGAUGGCUCCCAGAGACGACUAAGUUGCUUCUAACAUUGUUUAGCCAUCCACAAAGUAUCUUAGUACAAUGGAGCAACAAUUCCAAGACAUUGAUUGUUCGGGAAGGUGGCAAAACAUUUACAACGAAAUCCGAAACCAAGCCAACGAACAUCCCUACAGAGUGGCAAAACUUCCUGUCAAUCGCAAUUUAAACCGCUACAGAGAUGUUAGUCCAUAUGAUCACAGUCGGGUCAAACUUGCAAACUCAGAAAACGACUACAUCAAUGCAAGUUUAGUCAUGGUGGAAGAAGUCCAAAGAGCUUACAUUCUUUCUCAGGGUCCUUUAAGGAACACCUGCGGUCACUUCUGGCUAAUGAUUUGGGAGCAGAGUUCCAAAGCUGUCAUUAUGCUGAACAGAAUCAUCGAAAAGGGAUCUGAAAAGUGUGCGCAGUACUGGCCAACGACAGAGGAGCUACACAUGUCUUUCCCAGACACCGGGUUUGCUGUCAGGCUACUUUCGGAGGAAGACCAAUCCUAUUUCACAAUCCGACUGCUCGAAUUACAAAACACAAAGACAGAAGAGCGGAGACACAUUUACCACUUCCACUACACCGCAUGGCCUGAUUUCGGGGUUCCGGAAUCCCCCGCCUCCUUCCUCAACUUCCUCUUCAAGGUUCGGAAGUCAGGCUCGCUGAGGGCCGAGCACGGACCCUCAGUGGUGCACUGCAGUGCCGGGAUUGGCCGUUCCGGGACCUUUGCCUUGGUGGACACCUGCCUGGUCUUGAUGGAUCGCAGGAAUAACCCAUCCUCAGUGGACAUACAGAAGGUGCUUUUGGACAUGAGGGAAUACCGUAUGGGCCUGAUCCAGACGCCUGACCAGCUCCGCUUCUCCUACAUGGCUGUCAUCGAGGGAGCCAAACUCCUUGGGACCAACAAUUCAGCGCAGCAGAUGAAGCAAAGUAAUGACUUGGAGCUGGACCUGCCGCCUCCUCCUCCUCCACCACCUCCACCGAGACCUCACUUCAACAACAGCAGUUGCAGCACUCUGCAGUCGCUCUCCCUGGACUCUAAAGACCUCCCGCUGGAGAACCAAGAGUGCAAUGAGACAGACGACUCCGGACACGUGAGAAAGCGACAGCGCCAAGAGAGGAUUGCCUUCACCUCGCAGAAGGUCCAGGAGAUGAAACGGAGACUGAAUGAGUGUGAGAGACAAAGGGACACGUGGCAGUCCUGGAGACCCGUGGUUCUGAAUGUCGGCGCUGGCGCUGCCUUGGCUUUGGGCCUGCUGGUGUGCUGGAUGUACUCCCAGUGAUAACUUUCUCCAAACGGACUCCUUUUGGCAGCAGCACCUGAGACGAGGUACUGGUCAAAGUAGAUUUAAGGGUAUUUAUUUCUUCAGGUCACCACGUGAGAGUGCUAGAUCAAACGAGUGCGUGUGUAUUUUUAUUAGACCUCAUCAACAUAUGAGUAACAUCUCAGGAUCUUGGUGCCAGCCUUUCCUUUAUCUGUGAAUGUACUGUCAUCCUGGCUAAGUACUACCAAAGGUGCAGUGCAAACAUUGUAUUUUAUUCUCACUUGAUACAAUUGGAAUCCUUCCAGGACUUGUUCUUCCGUUCUCAUCGAGCAAGGUGUUCCAAAUAGAUGGAGUAUAUAUUUUUAGCUGACCAGACACCAGACACUGCUUCUUUUCACGUUCAUCGAUGAAGGAAAGCCAAGCCAGUCUGUUCUUCUCUACAUGACACCUUAGCAAGUGACAGGGACCAAGCCGUGUUAUUUGGACGUGAAAUUCCUCCGAGUGACAGCAAAUGCAAGUGUCUGUGUUUGAUUGCUGAGGACGUGCCUUCAAGUGGGAGGGGGAAAAUUUGACUUUUUGGCAUUCCAUUUAAUGUUUCUUUCCACAUGUUUCAACUUUGCUACUUUUCAACUAACCAUCAAAUACUUCAAUAAAAACAUUACCCUUUUUUUUUUCCCAGAACGUGGCCUUGCAUUUAUGUUUCUGCAAGUCACUGUGAGGAGAACCUCCAGGAUGUUCUGCUUUUUCAUGCUUUUGUGUUUACAUGUACAGUAUUGCUGGGGUGUAGAGAUGCAACUAUAUAAAAAUUUCAUAUCACAAUUAUUCUGACGAAAAUGAUCACUGUAUUGAGUUUGCUCAAAGUACUGAUACACACACUGAAGUCUAACAAAGUUUUAUUAAAAAAAACAAAACACCACCACGCACAAUGUGCACAGUCUUCUGAGUGCUUGCCACAUAAAGGACUCAAAAGGGCACGUGAUCGUGCAUUGCAUUGAGGGCCCUAUGAUUUCCAUGUUAAUGGAGUUGUGGAAUUAAUAAAAAAUUUAAAAAAAUAAAAAUUUAGUUUACUGUUAAACAUGGAAUCUCGCAGAAAUUGACAUAAUGUGAACAUGGAAAGUAUUUCCCCAGUGGACCGCUCAAUCGUGGGGGAAUCUCAUCACAAACACUAACCCGCCCCCUCCCGAACUAAACAUGUUGAAAUGGCGACCUAAAACAUUGGUAAAAGUUGGCGGAAACUCCUCUUACGGAGCAUAAAUGGAAGGUAGCGGGGUUAGCUUAGUUUAGCAGAGCAUGCUAGUGUGGCUUUGUGUGUCUCAGGCGGGACGAGUGUUGUACCACUUUAAUGAAAGAGCUUUACGAUGCCUGCUGACAAAGUUCAUGUUCUAACUGGAAAAAGACGUCUUAACCGUCAACAGACAUUCUCAACACACACAUAAACACACUUCUGGCCUUCAAAAUAAGAGCGCUGUUUGCCACAUCAUAUCUAAUUGUGUAAACAGAAUAAAGGUGUCAUAAAAAGAUCUUACAUUAAUAAUGCAAUUGGAAUUGCAUGGGAGACUACAUCUUCCUUAACCACAAGCACGGGCAUUAGUUUGUUGAACAUUAUGUAGGAAGAUGACACCGUGAGUCAAGACUGUUAUAUUGAGUAAUGACCUCCAGUAAUUUCCGAUGGGUUGACAAGCUCGUCAUGAGUUUUCUCAUAGCUCAUGAUUGGCUCCUGUCAAAGAGCCGCCUGGUCCUCGCAGACUCGUGCACACCACAGUAUGUCAUUUUAUGACGUAGACAUGUGUGGUUUAUAUAUGUACCAAUAUGUUCUCUCUAAAUGAUGUGGGUGCGGCUUAAACACCGGUGUGUCAUGUACAGCAGAAAUUAUGGUAUACUGCUGUCACGGAAAUAGAUUUUAAAGUAUAUAAAUGUGUCCUGUCAUUUCUUUUUGUUCAUUUUAUCUUUUUGGUCAUAAAAUAGAGUAAAAAUGUGCACAUUUCACACUUAGUUGCAAAUGGUCAUAAUCAUGAUUUGAAAUGUGAAAACUGAUUAAUUUUAUUACAUUUUUUAAUCAUUUGACAGCCCUAGUUUAAAAAAAAAUUUGUCUUUUCUGAUUCAUAGGUAAACGCUGGCGAUCCGGCACGGUGCCGGUAUACUUUAUGCCCUGUAUAUGACCAAGUUGCGAUGCAGUUUUUUCUUGAAAUAUACAUAUAUACUGUAUUGUAUAACUUCUUAGCGGCCGAGUAGUUAGCAUGUUGGCCACACAGGAGAUCGGGAAGAUCUUGGUUCGAAUCUCCUUUUGGCAUCUCUGUGUGGAGUUUGCAUGUUCUCCCUGUGCGUGUGUGUGGGUUUUUCCAGGUACUCCAGUUUCCUCCCACAUUCCAAAAACAUGCAUGUUAGGUUAAUUGGCGACUUUAAAUUGUCCACAGGUAUGAAUGUGCGAGUGAAUGUUUGUCUAUAUGUGCCCUGCGAUUGGCUGGCGACCAGUCCAGGGUGUACCGCACCUGUUGCCUUAAGUCAGCUGGGAUAGGCUCCAGCAUACCCUGCGACCCUAAUGAGGAUAAGCGGCAUAGAAAAUGGAUGGAUGGAACUUCUAAGCAUAUGUUGCAAGAUACAAAAUAUCGAAGUGGCAAAGUUGCAUCCUUUCAUUUUUCACUUUGUGGCCUCACUGGAAAAAGGUUUGGAAAUCCCUGCUAUAGAUGCAUCACUUCCUCACACCUCUUCAUCUAAAUGCUCCAAUUAUUCAAUAAACAGCAUAAAUAUACCGCCGUGAUUAAAAAGCCUGCUCUGUGAAAAUAAUCGUACGCUACAUCCCCGUGGAAAAACAGCAGCAAAAAUAGUUUGUAUUCAUGCAGACUGACUUGGUCUAAGAAUGCAGAAGGACUUGUGAGAAGGGCUACUAUGUUCAUCUGCUGCAUUCAUGAUGUCUGACACGGAAUAUAAACUGUUUCAUGUCGUUAUGCAACACACCAUGCACACUCACACAAUUGGAGCAAAUCAUUUAAACGGCAUGCACCAUUUUUCUCUUUCGUCUGCCAUACAUUAGGUAUGGCAUUAGGUACAUUAGGCUCUAGGCCACGUGGUUGCAACCCAGCAAUACGACACCUUAAAAACUCUGCUUUCCUUCUUUUCCAGUACAGGUUUGUUGAUAUUCCGCCCAAGCUGUAAACCUAGGGGAAACAUUGCCACGUUGUGUCAUUCUGCCACUUGAUUGGCUAUCUGCUCCAGCAGGUGCGUCUCUGUGGGCUUCUGCUCUGUCAAAUCAGUGCUGAGUUUCCAAACGCCAACCAUUCCGUCGCUUCUUCCCACUGCGAGGAGGCCACUGUGCUGGUUGUUGAAGGCCAAACACGUUGCAGCCUUGCCGACGCCUCCCUGGCCAAUGCUGGCCGCCGGCCUCAGCGACCUGCCGCUCAGGUCAAAUAUUUGCACCUCACCUGGCCAAGGAGAAGACACAUUAUAUGAGACACAUUUAUCAAGAAAACAAAAGAAAAAUAUUAAUAAGCAUAAAUAAAUACAUUUAAAAAUCAAGCAAAAUAAUUUACAGGGUGUCCCUAAAAUCUGGAUAAAAUAUAAUAUGUAAUUACAAAAAUAAUGUACAAAGCUUCAGGAAGCUUAUGUUGCUUAUUUGCAGUACUUUACAAUAUUAAACAUUUCCCUCCCUUUUCCUUGCUCAUCCAAUCACCAGUCAGGACACAUUUACAGCCUCACAGACGGUUCAACGGACAGUAAAACUAAGUCGGGACACAUUUACGUCCUCACAGAUGAUUGGACGGUCAGUAGAACUAAAUCAUGACACAUUUACGUCCUCACAGAUGAUUGGACGGUCAGUAGAACUAAGUCGAGACACAUUUACGUCCUCACGGGGUAGGACGGACAGUAGAACUACGUCGGGACACAUUUACGGCCUCACAGACAAUUGGACAGACAGUAGAACUUUCAAUGAAACUUUCAACGAACUUUCAAAAAAGUGUAAAAGAAAUGUCCAGUUUGAAAAAAACAAAAGUAUGUCCACAUUAAAACACAUCCACCGCCUCUCAUGCACAUUUUAACACUAACAAGUCACAUGUAAGAUAGAAAUCUUUGCUGUACCUUGUCCAGUGGCCGCAGCAAAGAGCAAAGGCCGGCUUGGAGACCACUGCACCUUAAACACGUACGUGUCUGACACGCGAAGGGACAGCAGGGGGUUGGUCUGCAGCAGAGAAUGGAGGUGAGCCAGACCAUCAGUCCCUGCGCUCAAAAACAGGUUCCUACAACAAACCAACCAACAGCAUCAGCGUGUGAGUCACCACAGCUUUACUCAGCCAUCGCUGUCACGUCUGUACCUGUGGAAAGGUGAGCAGUGUAUGGAGUGAACGGGACCGCUGCUGGGCCUGAAGGAGAAGACCACCGGAGCUCUCAGUGGAACACUUUGAUUUGGAGAUGUGACCGCAGCUGGCGUCUGGGAGGAGAGGGAGCAUCUCAGCAGAAGGCCGCUCUCGGAGCCGACUAUCAAAGUAUCUGGGUCCCAGGCGGAGAGAUCCAUGGACGUGACGCCCACGGUGAUGGUUCCUUGGACCUACAUGCAACAUCAAACGACGCUUGGAGCCACAUUCUUGGCCGAAACAACCACAACUUUGAGUUUUGUCAGCGUUUGGCUGAAGCUUUGAUUGCAGAUAAUCAAGUCCAAGUAUCUGCUGUUACAAGGCAUGAAGAAAGCCCGCAGUGUUUGCUCACGUUCACCUUGAAGCUGCUGCUGUUGGAAGGAAGCUGGUGUUGGACCACGGCAAACGCUGCCUUCAGUACACAUCUUCCUUGCUCCGAGUUGACCGUCCACAGCAGGAGUCUUCCUCCCGAGCAUGCACUCAGAACUCCCAACUCUCCUUUAUCGCGUAGCGGCACCCAGGUCACCUACACACACAUACACACACACACACAUACACACUGUGACGCUCCUCAUUCUCCUACUAAGGAGACAUUUUAAAAAUAUCUUUUAACAAGAAUAGUAAAAUGAGCAGUCAUUUUAAAAGAAUAAAGCCAAAAUAUUAAGAGAAAAAAAGUCCUAAUUUUAAAAGAUUAAACUUGUAAUACUUGAGGGAAAAUAAUGUCAUUUUAGUAGCAUGGAGGAGAAAUAUUAAAAUAUAUAUUUUUAAAGCUCUUACUAUUUUGAGAAACAAAACAACAAAUGAAGUUGUAACUUUUGGAAAAUUAGUUUGGGUGAAUAAAUUAUAAUAUGGGAAUAAAGUCAAAAUUAUGAGAAGAAAAUGUAAAAGAAGGAAGUUCAAAUAGUUUGAAAAUAGAAAAAAACAACAGAAAUGGUAAAAACAGCUGUAAUUUUAUAAGAAUACAGUCCAGACUUUAGAGCAGGGGUCGGGAACCUUUUUGGCUAAGAGAGCCAUAAAAGCCACAUAUUUUAAAAUGUAUUUCCGGGAGAGCCACAUAAUAUUUUUUAACAUUGAAUACAACUAAAUGUGGGCAUUUUUAAGCAAGACCUCUAAAGUCUCUAAAGUUAUUCUUUUUAUUAACAUUGUUAUACUGAAGCUAUCCAAUAAUAAAUAAAAUACUUCUUACCAUUAAUGCGACUUCUGGUGCUGCGUGGUUUUGCACCGUACUCCGUAUCUUUUUCUUUUCACCAUCUUCUUCGUCAAAAGGGUCGGCUCUACAGAAUUAGCUACUUCUUGACAUCUCAAUGAUGCGCGUAGGCUACCGCAUUAUCCAGUCAUAAUCAAAUUUUGGUGUCUGACCCGGAAAAUAUCGGAAGGACAGCUGGCACUGGCCACCCCACAUUGAGGUAGAAAAUGGAUGGAUGGACUAAAACGCAUAAGAAAGUUUUAUAUUUUGAGCAUUAUUUUUAACACUGGGAUUUCUGUAAUGUACUUUAAAGGUGAGCGUACAAAAAAAAAACUAAAAUACAUUUUUAUCGUGUUAAGACAUGUUUGAGAGCCAGAUGCAGUCAUCAAAAGAGCCACAUCUGGCUCCUGAGCCAUAGGUUCCCUACCCCUGCUUUAGAGGAAAAAAGUUGUCAUUUUAUGAGAAUAUUGUUGUAAUAUGAGGAAAAUAGUAGCACAGAGUUGAAAUUUUCAAGAAAAUCUUUUUUUUUUUUAGGUCAAAAUAAAGUUUUACAUUUUGUAAAAUUAGGUUGGGAAAAAGUUAGAAUAUUAUGGGAAUACUGUCAUUAUUAUGGGAAGAAUAUUACAGUAGAAAAGUUGAAAUAUUUGGGAAAAAAAAGACCUGCAGAAAUGGAAAACAGCUGUUAUUUUAUUCUUAACUAUUAAGAGGAAAAAAAGUCUACAUUUUAUGAGAAUAAACUCAUAAUAUUAUGAGGAAAAAUACUGUCUUUUUAAUAGAGUUGAAAUGGGUUUUUUGUUUUUAAGUCAUGAAAAAGUAAUCAUAAAACAAAAUUUGUCAUUUUUGGAAAAUUAGGCUGCAGAACAAGUUAGAAUAUUAUGGGAAUAAAGUCAUAAUUGUGAAGAAAAUUUACAAGAAGAAAUUUGAAAGAGUUGGAAAAUUCCCCCAAAAAACAGCAGAAAUGGAAAAAACAGCUCUAAUUUUACGAGAAAGUCCAAGCAUGAAGAGAAAAAAAAAAAGUCAUAUUCUAACAAGGAAAAAAGUCCCAAUUUUACGAGAAUACCGUGGCUGCUGUUAUUAGAUUUGUACUGGUCAUCACCAAUGUGUGUGAUUUCCCAUCUCCUCGCCCAUAGACAGCACUCUGGCUUUCAUGUUGUUUUCACCUCUAAAUGCAGUCGAGACCGGUAAAAGCUAUCCCACCAAGGAAAAAGACAUCAUCUUAUCUCUUGUGAACUCGCUGACCUGACAAACAGGCUCCCUGUGGCUGUCUGCAGACAUGGCCGUUUGUGCCAGCACUGGAUCUGUCGUCUGACUGGUGUCCCAGACCACCACUUCUCCGCUGUACAAACCACCUGCAGCCACAGCAGCGCACACGUUCACUCCUCCAUCGAAUCCGGUCAGACGAUAGUAAUAAGAUGUAGCAAUGAAUGGCAGCGGCGGCGGCGACGUACCUGCGAUGAGAGCAGGCUGCUUGGGGUGGCAGCACAGGGAAGUCACUGCAGUGGUAACAUGGAUGACCAGGUCAGCUUGUUUGGGGUUCAGACCUCUAUGGUCCAGGUUCCACAUGCACACAUACGACUUGUCAUCGCUCCAGUCACCUGCUGCCAUCCUGCCAAUCCACGCAAAAGCAGCCAGUGAACCACACACGCUCACGACAGACAGACUAGCAUAAGAACAUACCGGCCGUAUGCACAAACGACUGAUGCACCCGUACAACUCCAGGAUACGCUCGUUACAGGAAGAUCUCUCUCCACAGCUUUGGGAUGUUCAAGUUGGUGAAGGCACACCACCUUCAAAGUAAAACAGGCCAUCUAACUAACUAACAUCUAACAAGUGUAGGGGAACCACUAUGUAUUCCGUUUUAUGAUGCACUGCUUACCAUCUGAUUGCGUUCUUCCCAGUUGACCUGAAAGCCAUCAAAAGCGUGACUCUUAGCGUUUCUCACCAACUCUCUGAUGACCGGGACUUCAACCCGCCGUAGAAAGUCCUUCAGGCCCGGAGAACAGAGCUCGUCGUGAGGGUCCUGGAGGAAGCGUGUCGUGACUUGAUCCUGCAGCUCCGUCUGAGUUGCGCUAGUCACACAGGAAACAGUCUGGAAUCCUGCUUCAGCGCUGUCAAUCACUCUGGUCUGACAGCCUCUCUGAAACAUUUACAUACACACAGGAGGGGAAACGCAUACGUUUGGUGUUUAAUUAAAGCAGCUGUGUCCAGCCAGGGCCACAUAGUCCACUUUGAUAUUUUCGAAAGCACUUUUACAAGAAUAAACUUGUGAUAUAUAUAUUUUUCAACUCUCUUUUUGUACAUUUUCUGUUCAUAGUUAGGCCUUUAUUCCCAUAAUGUUAUGAAUUUAUUUCCAUAAUAUAACUUUUUCCCAACGUAUUUUUCCAAAAUGUACAACUUUAUUUUCUUUUGUUUCUCACAUUACAACUUAAAAAAAAAAUCUAAUAUUUUUUCUUUAAUAUUUCAACUCAAUGCAACUCAAAUGACAUUUUUCUCAUAAUAUUACAGCUUUACUCAUAAAAUGUUGACUUUUUUUUCCUAGUUAGAAUGCAACUUUUUUCUCUUCAUAAUUAUGAUUUUGUUUUCCCCCAUAAUACAACUUUUUACCCAACCUAAUUUUGCAAAAAUUACAACUUUAUCGUUUUUUUUCUUUUUUUUUUUAUAUUUCCACUUCAUGACAAUAAAAUGUCCUCAUAAUAUUACAUUUUCUCAUAAAAUUGUGACUUUUUCUCAUAACAUUAAAACGUUCUCUUAAUAUUUUGACUUCAUUCUUGUAAAAUUUCUGCUGAUUUUUAAAUGUUUGCUUCUUUUUUUUUUAACUUUACUUGUUAAAUUCUAUUUUUAGAAUGUGCCGCGGGCCAAUUAAAAAGCAGCUACAGGGCCGCCACAAACGUCCCCCAGGCCGCACUUUGGACACCCCCGGUCUACAUACACACUGCAAGAUAAAUAUGCUUUACAUGAAAAAGUCAUAUUUGUCAAGGUGUAUAUCUCAGAUUGUAAAACAUGUCAAGUCUAGGUGUAUAUUGACAUUUUAACGAGAAGCUAAGUUGCUCAUAAAAGAACACAGCUUUUCAUUUCACCA